AUGUAUCCUAAGCCUAAUACCCACUAUCGAGUAACCAUUUCCUAUGAAUCCCUUCCGCAUAAUAAGAAGUUUUUUGUAGUUUUGGUGACCGGAUCCAACUCAGGCAUCGGUGAAGCUAUUGUCAAACUGCUCGCUAUAUUAGGCGCUCAGGUGGUGAUCACCGAUUAUUUUGAAGUGAGAAAUUCGCGAGAUUUUACGGGAAAAGUAGUUUUGGUGACCGGAUCCAACUCAGGCAUCGGUGAAGCUAUUGUCAAACUGCUCGCUAUAUUAGGCGCUCAGGUGGUGAUCACCGGUAGGAAAGAGACUGAGAUUAGGAAAGUAUCGCAAGAAGUGUUGCGAUUAUCACCAAAAGGACUCAAACCAUUGGAAGUGGUGGCAGAUGUGACCAAAACUAAAGACUUGGAAAAACUCAUGAGUUCUACGAUUAAGAGGUUCGGAAAGUUAGACGUUUUGGUUAAUAACGCUGGCAUUGGAGUCAUGACUACAAUCAGGGACAAGGAUUUCAUCACCAAUUUUGACAAUGUUUUUAAAAUUAAUGUUCGCUCCGGAUUGCAACUCAUACAACUGGCCCUCCCAUACCUGGACCAAUCAAAUGGCACUAUUAUUACCACAUCCAGUAUAGCUUCACUCAGACCUGGUAAAUCUCCCAUACCGUACGGCGCUUCCAAAACAACUGUCGAUUACAUAACUAAAGCACUGGCAGUAGAAUUGGGUCCAAGAAUUAGAGUGAAUGCUAUUAAUCCUGGCUAUAUAUUGACCGAUGAGCUGGUACCAUUUAUAAACCCAGAUAGGCUUUCCCAGUUGAUUGAGUCCACUCCACUUCACCGUAUUGGUCAGCCCCUGGAUGUUGCCAAAGGAGUGGUAUUCCUGGCCUCAAACUACGAAGACGUGAAAAACUCGCGAAACUUUACGGGAAAAGUAGUUUUGGUGACCGGAAGUAGUUCUGGCAUUGGGGAGGGAAUCGUCAAACUGUUCUCUAUAUUGGGGGCCAAUGUUGUGGUCAACGGACGUAAGGACGCAGACGUCCAGAAAGUGGUUCAAGAGAUCCAACAAUUAUCUCCAUAUAAACUAAAACCAUUAGGAGUUGUGGCGGAU